CUGCCUCGUAGAGCUUCAAGGGGAACAGCAGUCCCAUUUACCGGGAAAGUUAAUUCAUGGUGACUCCAUUUAGAUCUCGACAAUGCACAGGCAUUAAAAGAUCGGACGUAGCCAUGAUGGCGUCCGGCUACAACGCGAAGGAAGAGGACGGCCACCGCUCAGGAUCAGCGGCUGCAGGUGGGCCGAGUGCUGAGAAGAGUCAGAAACCGGAUAACACGGCUUUUAAACAGCAGCGCCUUCCAGCCUGGCAGCCCGUCCUUACAGCCGGGUCCGUGCUGCCUGCUUUCUUCAUCAUCGGCUGCCUCUUCAUCCCGAUCGGUAUCGGUCUCUUCGUCACGUCCAACACCGUCAAAGAAAUCGAGAUCGAUUACACCGGUGUUGAAAAAAGCAGCCCAUGCUUCAGCUGCUCGCAGCCCUAUGGUUUGAACUACUCAUGCAAAUGCUCUGUCCCUUUCACACUCUCAGAGUCAUACGAGGGCAAUGUCUUUAUGUACUACGGACUGUCCAACUUCUAUCAAAAUCAGAGACGUUAUGUCAAGUCAAGAGAUGACAAGCAGCUAAAUGGAAACUUGUACGCUUUAACUAAUCCCAGCAAAGAGUGUGCACCGUACAACUCAAAUAACGGCGUGCCUAUUGCACCAUGUGGUGCUAUUGCCAACAGUCUUUUUAAUGACACAUUUGAGCUGUUUUUUGUCCAAGACAAUGGGAAUAAAACCCGCAUUCCACUCAUUAAAAAGGGCAUUGCCUGGUGGACUGACAAGUAUGUUAAGUUCAGAAACCCUAGUGGAGACAACCUUACAGCAGCAUUUCAAGGUACUGCCCCACCUCUCAAUUGGCACAGGGCUGUCUAUGAGCUGGAUCCCACUGACCCGGACAACAAUGGUUUUAUGAAUGAGGACUUUAUUGUGUGGAUGAGAACAGCUGCUCUCCCCACCUUCAGGAAGCUGUACCGUGUCAUUCAGAAGAAUAGGGACAGCAUGACUCCAACACUUCCUCGAGGGAACUACACACUGGAAGUCACAUACAACUACCCGGUAGUUAGUUUCGAUGGCCGCAAACGCAUGAUCCUCAGCACCAUCACCUGGAUGGGUGGGAAGAACCCAUUCCUGGGCAUCGCGUACAUCACUGUGGGUUCUAUCUGCUUCGUCCUGGGUCUGGUGCUUCUGGUUAUUCACUAUAAAUAUGGCAGCCGCAACAACAACGCUGACAUCCCCAACUAGACUCUCAAGUUUUGGACCUGUUGCAUAAUGGUCUUUUGCUGCCGACCUUUUGCCCUUAACUAAUACAAGAUUUUUAUCCUGUAUGCAAACACGGUAUCCGAAAAGAUAUCUUAGUUCUAUUACUGAUAUUUUCAUGUUUGUGCUCCGUGUUUUGAGUAUAUGUAUUGUAAUUGAAGGACAUGUUUCAGUAAUGUUUGUCAUUAUUGUUCAAUUUAGAUUUUUAAGUAAUAUAUCAUGUGGUCGAUCACUAGCAUGAAGGAACCUUGAGAUCUGGUAACACUGCAAAAUGGAGUUGAAGUGUUUGUAGUAGACAAUAUGAAUCACACUGUGCAGUGGUAAUAGAUUCAUGAGAGGGAACACUAAAGAUUGGAUUCCGGUUCAUUUUCCGUUAUUUUGCCAGUUAUUUUAGCAAUGAAAGACUGCUAGGGAACACGGUAUUCUACUAAAGUGUUCCAGUAUGAAACAGAUUACAGACUGUUAUAGAUUUAAUUUAAAUAUGUGCACAUACUCUUAUCCUAACCUUGAAGGAAUCUUCUAAGUAAGUUAUAUGUGAGUCAGUUUGAACUUGUGCAUCAUCUUUGAAGCAUGCAUGUUUGUUAAUGUUAUGUCAUUUAUUCAUUAGUGCUUAAUUUAAGAAACCGAGCACUGCUUGGGAUUUCUGCCUUUGUUCCAGACUAUGCUGUACCUCUUUCCACUUUGACCAAAGAUAUGCUGUAGACUUACUCUCUGUCUGCAAAUAAAUCUAUUAUUUUAUUUCUUGAA